CAGUAGUGUAAAGAGUGUAAAUCUCUUGCGAUGUUUAUUUUGCUGGAGCGGUUGAACCAAAAUUUUGAUAUUUGAAACUGCUAAAUGUCGUAUAUUUUAUAACAAAUUGCAAAGUACGCACUUUUUUUCUUUCUUCCGCAUUGCUUUGCCGCUAGCUGCCGCCGCCUUGUUUAGCGAGCUUGCAUCCUCGACAGACAAACGAAGACAAGACGGGUCCUCUAGCUGAUUCCGGAAUGAAUUUAUUUACGAACUAUUGUUUGUUUGAAAAUGCCCGAUGCAUGCAAAAUAGACUUACUUGUUGUGCUUGAUGUAGCGCCGUCAGAACGAUCACAAUUACCACAAUUACUAACUUCGCUUUGUCGUCUGCCAUAUUGGCAAGAGAUAUGACAAAGUUCGUCGCAAGCGGAUGGGAUAACUAGUCGCACCGUGGGAGAACGCUUUCAAUCGUCUUUUGGAACGGGUUGUUCCAGGUUUCACUCACGAGCCAGUCAGUUCAUUAAAAAUAGUACGCUGUGAAUGACACUGUGCAUAUCACAGUGGAAAGUGGAGCGCAAAAAAAAAAAAAAAAAAAAAACGAAACACGACGUGAUGAGACCUGCCAACUGAAAAGUUAAAAAACACAAACCGGAGACAUGUCAUGGUACGAGAAGAAGGAAUACUGUUCGAUUUGUACGCUUUAGAAGACACCUUCAACAUGCGAGCUAGUUCACUUCACCGAGCAAACAGGUGCCUAUGCCCCGACGAGUGAGAAGAACAACUGGUGGUGUCCUCAGACUGUACUUCAGCCAGGAAAACGGACACCUCGUGCUCACGUAAAUGAAGAGACACAGCUACAGAAACCAUUUGAUGUAACACGUGACAAAAGCAGACGACGCAUAUCGAGAGCAUCCCAGGAUUCCCUCUCUGGAAACGUCACCCGGACAGGGCCAAUCAGGGAGCGGCUGGUGACAACUGACCGAUACUGGACGCCGUCCGCCCUGUGAUCGGCUUGUGGAACGUUCUUUCUGGUUAGCGUCGGAGGUGUUUUUACAGCGUGUUCCACGCCACACAGUCGCGUCAGAACUCACACUGGUUGGUGCCAUCUGCUAUGAGCCAUUCAACGACAUUGCCAUCGUCGGCAUCCCAAGAGAAGUUUGGAAAGAGAGCUAAAGUUUGGCUGAAGCUUUGAAGUGGAUGACGGGUGGUGAGUUUCAUCGCCGGGGGCGAUACUUACCCCAUUGCUGGAGGGGAAGCGAGGAAUGAAGUAAUGGGCCCCGUUACAACGAGGAUCGAAGUCCUGAGGCGUCCAAAAAGAAUUGAAGGAGCAGACCAGUGGAAGAACUUAGAAGAGCAUGGGCGGACCAGCAUCCAAUAGAACUGGGGAAGGAGGGAGAGAGCACUGCGCAGCUGCGAAUGGGCGCUCCUGGGAGAGGGAGAGGAGACGGCACUGCAAGCACCGUAGACUCAAUCUGCUCUGGACCUCCGUCAGUUGCACUUCACUCUUCAAAGAGACAGGACGUGUGUCGAGCGAGCUCCCGAAGAAGUUUGUGUAAUGUAGUGAAGACGGUUUAAAUCGCUAUGAAUGACUUCAAGAUCGAGCCAGGGACCUCUAAGGACUCCAAAGAAGCGCGACGAGCACGACGUGCGGAGCAACAGCGUCUCAGAAGACAGCGACAACGUCAGUCGAACGACCCUACAGUUCAGCAGAAACGACAAGCUGAGCUGGAAAGCCGACGAAUGAAACGCAAAGCAGAGACUCCAGAAGAGCGAGCACGUCGCUUAGCGGCAGCAGCAGAGUUCCGAGCGAAGAAGUGGAAGAAUGACACUCCCAUGGAGCGAGCCCAACGGAAAGCUGCACAUGCCGCAGCAGCCCGAGCGAAGCGAGCGCACGAGACGGAAGAAGAGCGGGCGCGGCGGACGUCUGCAAAUGCCGAAGCGAUGCGAGCGAGGCGAGCGCGUGGGGCAGAACAAGGGCGGGCGCCUGCAAAAGCCGAAGUAGCACGAACAAAGCGAUCGACCGAGACGGAACAAGAGCGGACACGCCGUCUGAAUGCUCUUGCGGACACUGCUGAUGAGAGACACGAAGCGGAAAGCCCCGGGGAAGAGGAGCGACACCUUGCAGCAAUGGGUGCAGCCCUAGAAGCAAUACAUCAACGCAAAGCGCAAGAGUGUCGAAAGCAGCACGUCGGAGUAACGGACCACAUCAAGAGAGACUUUCUGGACAACCCCUUCGAAUAUGCAUGUUCUGUAUGUGAUCGACCGUGGCAGAACAAGGACCUUUCUGCAAUUACUGAAGCGAUGUGUGGUGUACUGGAAACAGACUUUCCGGAAGCUGAACUGCGUUCCCUCCAAGUGUGUGCGACUUGCCAGCUGUCUCUGAAUCAGCACAAGGUGCCCCUGUACUCAGCGACUAACGGAAGGAAAAAAGUCUACGCAGGAUUUUGUCAAGAACCUCUCACUGGCACCUCCUCUGUCUUAAACGAGAACCCAUGCGGACCCAGCUGGCCCUCUGACGAGCAGACUGCAAACAGUUUACUCUGCAUUAAGGAAGAAGCAAGAGAUACUUGUGUCUUUGGGUCAUCACAUUCCAGUCCCUCGGAUUCACAAUUCCAAGAAAUGCAGCUCUCCCCAGAGUUCAGCGGUCAGCUCGUGAGAGUAAAAUUGGAACCACCUGAUGUUCCGUGUCUACCAGAAGAGGGCCAGACACAGCAGCAGCACUGCAAGGAGUCUUCGUCAGGGGGCGAUGCUGAUGGAACAAUAGGUGGGAUGUGUAACAUUAAAGAAGAACCUCGAGAGGUCUCUUCAAAUGAAGAUCCAAUCAUAGAAGUCAAGACAGAGCCUUACAAUAUUGCAGUCUUGACAGAGCAGGAGCAGAUGGGACACAGCUGUGACUCAACAUUGGAAGGAGCAACACUUGGGAUGUGUCACAUUAAAGAAGAACCUCAAGAGGACUCUUCAAAUGAACAUCCAACCACGGUAGUGAAAACAGAGGCUUACAACAUUCCAAUCUUUAUAGAACAGGACCAGACGGAACACACCUCUGACUCAGCUUCGGAAGGUGAUACACGAUGGUCAAAGGGAUUCAUAUACCCAGGCUGUCACACGGACUCUCUUCAAUGAUAAUUGAAACCAAAGGCAAUUGAACACGUGUAGCAGUGGCACUGGUUGCAUAACCUAUGAGUAGGGCCUGACUUUUUAGGGUUAAACCCGUAUCCGCCCGAUAUUUACCCCCCGAACGAAAUCUGUAAAAUUCGGGUUUAACCCGAAUCUACCCGAAAACAUCCAGGUCGCGUGGCACACUCAUAAGCGUGCAUUAAAAUAAAGUUUGAUAACAUUGCUAAACAAUAGUUCCACGUUAAGACAUUUUUAUUAAACAAAAAAAAAAAUCACCCGAAUACACCCGAGUUCCUGACGACAGAAUAUGCCGUAACGGGAUUUAACCCGAAUACACCCGAAUUUUCAAAUGAAAAAUAUCACCCGAUAUUUACCCCCCGAAUUUGGCCAAAAAUAAAACCCGAAAAAGUCAGGCCCUACCUAUGAGGGUGAAUCGGAUUCAAUGCUCAUUGAGAAGUUGGCGCUUUACACGGUUGGUGGCGCUACGCACAUUUUCAACGGCCGUUGAUUUGAAUGACGUGUGAAGGCUGCCUGUGACAGAGGUUUGCUGUAAAAACCGGACUAUACGUCGAUCCCAUGUUAUAAGUCUGGGCCCCCAAUCUGAGGAGCCAAAGAAAUAAAACAAGGCAAAAAGGAUGUGA